GCAGACCGUGUCAGGCACUGCAAUCCAGAACUUUUGGACCUUUUGCUGCAUAAUCUUCAACUAUACAAACGAGUAAUUUCCCGAGAUGGGCCUUUUAUCCAUUCUGCGGAAAUUCACGUCAGCCCCUGAGCGCGAACUAAGACUGUUGUUAUUAGGGUUGGAUAACGCGGGGAAAACCACCAUUCUGAAAAUAUUGGCUUCUGAAGACAUUACCAGUAUUACGCCGACAGCAGGAUUCAAUAUAAAAUCUGUGAUAAGCGACGGAUUCAAACUGAACGUAUGGGAUAUAGGAGGACAGAGGAAAAUUCGCCCCUACUGGAAGAAUUACUUUGAAAAUACCGACGUCUUGAUUUAUGUGGUUGAUUCGGCUGAUAAGAAGCGCCUAGAGGAAACUGGAAUUGAGCUUUAUGAACUGUUGAGCGACGAUAAGCUACAUAACGUGCCCGUAUUGGUUUACGCAAAUAAGCAAGACCUGCCAGACUCACUAUCCGCCUCAGAUCUCGCUCAAGCUUUAGGCCUGCCCACUAUUAAAGAUCGUUCCUGGCAAAUUCAAGCAUGUACCGCCUCUGAAGGCACUGGCGUCCGGGAAGGAAUGGAAUGGGUUUGCAAAAGCAUCAAAAAGAAGUAGAUUAUGUAUCCUGUAUAAGUCUGUAGGAGAUUGCAACUAUUGGCUGCCGGUAUGCAAAGCAACAAAGGCCAGUGUUAAUAGAACCAACAUUUAGAAGCACCCUGUACAGCAAAUAAGG